GCGAAAUGUCUGGUCGUGGCAAAGGCGGGAAAGGCCUGGGCAAGGGCGGCGCCAAGCGCCACCGCAAGGUGCUGCGCGACAACAUCCAGGGCAUCACCAAGCCCGCCAUCCGGCGGCUGGCCCGGCGCGGCGGCGUCAAGCGCAUCUCCGGCCUCAUCUACGAGGAGACCCGCGGGGUGCUCAAGGUGUUCCUGGAGAACGUGAUCCGCGACGCCGUCACCUACACGGAGCACGCCAAGCGCAAGACGGUCACGGCCAUGGACGUGGUCUACGCGCUCAAGCGCCAGGGGAGAAAGAGCGCACGCGCACUAGUUGUUAGGAGUGGUUGUGAGGCAAUGGCUCGCACGAAGCAGACGGCGCGCAAGUCGACCGGCGGCAAGGCCCCGCGCAAGCAGCUGGCCACCAAGGCGGCCCGCAAGAGCGCGCCGGCCACCGGCGGCGUGAAGAAGCCGCACCGCUACCGGCCCGGCACGGUGGCCCUGCGCGAGAUCCGGCGCUACCAGAAGUCCACCCUCGAGCUGCUGAUCCGCAAGCUGCCGUUCCAGCGGCUGGUGCGCGAGAUCGCGCAGGACUUCAAGACCGACCUGCGCUUCCAGAGCUCGGCCGUCAUGGCGCUGCAGGAGGCGUGCGAGGCCUACCUGGUGGGGCUCUUCGAGGACACCAACCUUCACUUGCAGCUUAUCAUGUCUGGUCGCGGCAAAGGCGGGAAGGGCCUGGGCAAGGGCGGCGCCAAGCGCCACCGCAAGGUGCUGCGCGACAACAUCCAGGGCAUCACCAAGCCCGCCAUCCGGCGGCUGGCCCGGCGCGGCGGCGUCAAGCGCAUCUCCGGCCUCAUCUACGAGGAGACCCGCGGGGUGCUCAAGGUGUUCCUGGAGAACGUGAUCCGCGACGCCGUCACCUACACGGAGCACGCCAAGCGCAAGACGGUCACGGCCAUGGACGUGGUCUACGCGCUCAAGCGCCAGGGCCGCACCCUCUACGGCUUCGGGGGCUAAGCUUGGCUGCAGCUCCCGGAGCAACAGCCUCGCUGCCUUCCCCA